AACAAAUUGAAGAAAUAUUAUGUUUUGAGCUAAAGUUAUUCCUAGUUACGAUAUAUUAUUAUCUAUUUUUAGUUCCAUUGUUAUUGUGAAGAGUUAAAUGUAUCUACAAAAAGCCGGUCAUUAUGUGUAAUCGGAACACAAAGUGUGUGGACAAAUGACGUACACUUCAAAGUUAUACUUUAUUUCCAUAAAUGACAUUUUAUUAAUCUGAUCCUAACAUAACCUAAUCUAGUCCUAACCUCACAUAGUAUACCAAUCUAUUGAUACUCAUGUAGAGUUUUAUAUGCCAACUUAACCCUUGAUAGCUUACAAGCCACAAAAAAUCGGACACCGUCAUAGGAAAAGUUAAUUAGAGUAAGAAUUGUGUGUAUAUAAAUAAUUUUGUCUUAUAUAUCAGUAUAACCUACGCAGUAUAAAUUAAUACUGACAUUACUGAGAUUGUAACUGCAUUAUUGAAUGGAAUCUAUAAAUUUUAAUUUACUAUUAUAUUAACAUUCGUAUUUAAUUUACUGUGAAUCAAUUUAUUCUAUAAUUUUGUAUAAAAUUUUGUAUAGCUUCAAUUUUUAUGUUCAUUUUCCCUUGAAAUUUUGUCUCUGCUCUUUGGAAAAUAUAAUUGUGUUAACCGUAUGUGUUUAAAUGUAGAAGAAAGGCAUUAAAGACGGACCUCUAAUUUAUUUUUUGUUAUAUAACUCUCUUAAUGUUACCGUUAAAGUCGAUUACUCAGUAUACAAAAAAUUCUUUUAUUAGUUACCUAAAAGUUAGUUUUGCCUGAAUUUAUAUAAAAAAUUGCAGUAAAAGGAACUUAUAAAACUAACGCACUAUUCACUACCGCUCAAUACAUACCAACAAUCCGAUUUCACUCAUUGCUAGUCUGCAGCACUUCAUUAAAAAAAAGUAGUCUAAUAUAGGUGAUGGCGACCAACUUUGGUACUUUUCUCUAGUAAUUCUUUUUGUAACUGUUAACUUUUUUAAUAGCUCUUUCGCUAUCUUCAAAACUCAGUUUUGUCUGCUAUACAUAAUUCGUCGUAAACUGCUAUUUUUCUAUAUGUACAAAUAAAUGUAAUAUAUGUAUUCAAGGUGGCUCAAUAAAAACUAACUCGUUAUUCCUCGCUUAUAUAAAAAAAUGAUUUAAGGGAAUUAUGUAGCAUUAGAAGGGGUGCAUCAAAUGAAUACGCUCAGACUAUUUUUAUAUCUUAUUUUUUUUCUGAGAUUUCAAGAUGGAUAGUAGUAUUGAGGUGAAAUUAAAAUUUCAGAAAAUAUAAGAUAUAUAAAAAUCUAGAUACCCUUUCCUAUGCUACAUAAUUCAUUCAUAUGGUUUUUUGGAAGAAACACGAGAUAACGAACCAGUUUUUGGUGUAUAUAUGCUUGUAUAUUUUUUCUUUGUAACAUUCAUUGUAUCUGAUACUUUCUAAAUUUCUCUCAUUAACCUUUAAAGGACUAGCAAAUACCCUUUUGGGCCUUUGUAUGUAGAAGUCCUUAAAUUCUGUACACUAUAUACAUACAUUUUCUUUUAAAUGAAAGCUAUUAUUUUUGUUACAUUUUUGAAAAUGUAUUAUUCACUGUCGGGUUUUGUAUGAAAGGAUUUUUUUAUCGUAUAUAUUUAAAUUAUAUUUAAUUUAACAAACGAUUAAAAAUAAAAUUAAAGCUAACUCAAACUUUCUGCACGCUAACUUAUUUUCUUCUUCGAAUGAUUAGCGCCUACAAAGAGAUGGUUCAGACCAGUUUAUAACGGUUUAUAUCGGCUGCUUGAAAUUCUCUCGCAAGAAAGCAGACACGUGUGUGGUUAUAUAGAAGUUAAUUUCUUCUGAAAGUCUGUUGACAUUUGAAAGUGUUAGUAAAAGUGUACUUUUAUUUCAAUCGAAAAAUGUAUGUUUCUUCAAUAAUAUUCGGUACCAUUGGAAUUUUAUAUUCUUAUGUUAUUGCUGAAUUAAAUGAGCAAAGUAAUGUCACCAAUAGUGAAGUGAGUCGGAUUGAACAAGAACUAUUAUUUACAUCAUUGCUGAAGACAGAAAAAACGAAUCCAGAUGCUAUUGAACACUAUACGUUCCCAAUUAAUAAUACUUAUAGAUCACCUUUAAAUAGAAGAUGUCCUUUGUGCGAUAGCUCGGUCUAUCCUUAUUGCGGAGAAAAAUUAUUGCACGAUGCAUGUUGCUGUACGGAUUCCUAUAUUCAUGAUUUACCUCAUCAAUGUAAAUUGGCGGAUUGCCGAUUUCUGCACGCAAAUAGCUGUAAAGAACAUCGAUUGAUUGCUCUUUGUUGCUGCAAUGACGACUAUCGAACAUUAUUAAAAAAUUUAUCAAAGCGUUUAAAAUUAUAAUUGACGUAAAGGAAUACUAUAAAACAAGUCGACGCGAUAAUUGUAUACUAUCGGUUGUAUGUUAAUACCAGGAAUUCUACUGCACGUGUAGAUGAAAAUUAAACGCAGUUGGAAAUAAGGUUGAUAAUUGUGUAACUCCUUUAACGUCAAGCAAAUGCGGGACACGGUUAUGAGUAAAUAACGAGUUAAUGAUAAUUAUAAUUAUACCAUUUUCUGUUACAAAAUAGGUCAUUAACGUUGCAAUAAAUAUGCCGUCCAAUUAUCUACUGCAAUUAGUCUUGAUACUGGUUGAUAAAAUAACGUUUUACAAACUACAUAAAUAUGCAAUGAUAUUGUCUUCUUCUCCUCUCUUGUAUCACUGUUAUAUACCAUAAUUAAAUUUGAAAAUCUAUAGGAAAAUUCGAUACAAAAUAAUGAUCCUAUUGAGAAGAGUAGAUCUGUUAAUUACAUACCUACAUAAUAUACUUAUAAUUUCAUGAUAUUUGAAAUUAUUUAUUCUCUUUACUGUCAAACGUAAAUAAAACUAUUAUUCACAUU